UCUACCCCCAACGACAUAGUCGACCUCCCAUAACCGCUUUCCGGCGAGCGGUUUCCUUCCCCAUCUCAACCCACCGGCCACCACGCGUUCAUUGAUUUACAGACCGUCAUCUUGAUUCGACAAUCGUACAUUCAACGCACGCUGAGGUUUUGGGGGUGAUAUUGGGCCAAAUUUUAUCGAAUAAUCUUCCCGUUUGAAUUUUGAUUUUGACUGGAAAAUACUUUGCAGCAGAAGUUGAAGAAUACCAGUGCCCUGGAAUUUACCCUUUUUGAGGAAUAUGUAUCAGGAAGGCAGAGUUAGGGAGGUUAAUGCUGGAGCUUUCUACCUUAAGUCUCAUGGAACCAAGUUGGCAAGGAGUCAUAUGUAUGACUGGCUUAUAUUGGUGCUGCUUGGGCUCAUAGAGAUUAUACUGAAUAUCAUUCAUCCAUUCUAUCGUUUUGUGGGCAAGGAUAUGAUGGUGGACCUUAAAUAUCCAAUGAAGGAUAACACCGUUCCUGUGUGGUCCGUUCCUCUUUAUGCCGUGUUGCUACCUAUCAUUGUGUUCACCUUCGUCUAUCUUAGGAGGAGAGAUGUACAUGAUCUGCACCACGCAAUUCUAGGCCUCUUGUUUGCUGUUCUUAUAACCGGGGUUCUGACAGAUGCUAUCAAAGAUGCAGUUGGAAGGCCACGACCCAAUUUCUUUUGGCGUUGCUUUCCUGAUGGAGUCGAUGCUUAUGAUGUGUGGGGUAAUGUGAUAUGUCAUGGCGAAGAAAAGGAAAUAAAAGAGGGCCACAAGAGUUUCCCUAGUGGCCAUACUUCAUGGUCAUUUGCAGGUCUCGGGUUUUUGGCAUUGUACUUGGCCGGAAAAAUUAAAGUAUUUGAUCGUCAGGGUCAUGUGGCAAAACUAUGCAUUCUUUUUCUUCCUCUCCUUAUGGCAUCUCUUGUAGCCGUUUCUCGGGUGGACGACUAUUGGCACCAUUGGCAAGAUGUGUUCGCUGGCGGCAUUUUAGGUCUAGUUGUUGCCACAAUGUGCUAUCUGCAGUUUUUCCCAGCUCCAUAUCACUCGGAAGGGUGGGGUCCGUAUGCUUAUUUCCGAGCGUUAGAAGCGUCAACUUUAGGUGCAAGAGUAGUUCGGCCUGUGGCUGAGGUGGAUAUGCAAGCGAUGGAGAUUCCAGAUAUAAACCAACAAACGAGGCAAAGCGGGAGCAAUGGGUUCAGGCAGAUAUCGCUCUCUAACUCGCAGCAACAUGAUGUAGAAUUUGGAAAAAACGUGACCUUUGUAUAAGAAGCUUAUCCAUGUUGCAUGCCAAUUCCUGUAUAGACUUUUUAUCUGUCUUAAUUGUUGUACUAGAUGGAAAAGUAGGGGCAUUGUCGCUUGUAGAGACAAUAACACAUCAUCAUCUUCUUUAUGCAUUAUAUGCUUUCAACCUCUGAUUUA